AUGCUGCAGGAUUUGCGCGACGAGUGGCAAGCCUUCGAGAAUCUGCUGGAUGGUCUCUAUGGGUGGUUCAUGAUGUCGGUGUUGCAUACAGACCAGCCAGAAGAGGUUCUGGCACAAGACAGUGUGGAUCGUCCCUUUACUUACUUGCACCAUGGCACCAGCUUCCUUCGCAAGAUUGUCGAUAAUUCGGUUCCACCGCUACGAUCUGACCAGCAGUGGAGGUGUGCCAUCCCGACGUUGCUGCCUUGGCUCAGCUACGUGCGUGUGGCAGCAGGGAAGUUCCACACAGUGCUGCUUCAGAGCGACGGGCAGGCCGUUGCCUGUGGACACAACGCGCAGGGACAGUGCAGUAUUCCGAUGCUUCCAGCUGGCAUGACCUAUGUGGACGUGGCAGCAGGAGCUGGACACACGGUGCUGCUCCGAAGCGAUAGGCAUGUCGUCACUUGCGGCUGCACUGCCGAAGGCCAGUGCUCCCUGCCCGGCUGCGGGCCGACGGGGCGCGAGUACAUCGCUGUUGCUGCCGGUCAGUUCCAUACGCUGCUCCUUUGUGCGGAUGGUAAUGUCCUGAUCCGAGGCUUAAACAACUUCGGCCAGUGUGGAGCACCUGCAUUGAAAGCCGUUGCCGGCAUCGCGGCUGGAACCUUCCAUAGCAUCCUGCUACAGGUGGAUGGCACUGCCGUCAUCAGCGGUUUGAAUGACAGCAGGCAGGCGGACGUCCCAACCGGCCACUCUCGGUACGUCGCCGCCGCGGCUGGCGCGUUCCACACAGUGCUGCUUCGCGACGAUGGCUGUGCUGUCGCGUUCGGCGAAAACAGCGAUGGGCAAUGUGACAUACCCGCCUUGGACGAGGGCCUGGAGUACUUGGCUGUGGCGGCAGGCUCUCUUCACACUGUGCUGCUGCGCAGUGACGGGUGCAUCAUCGCUUGUGGCAGCAACUGCGCCGGUCAGACCAGGCUGCCGAAGCUGAGUCCGCCAGCUUGUUUCACCACCAGCAAAUCCGGCGAGUGGACAGUGAACGCCACGGCCGCGCCUCCCAUCAGUGACACGGCUCGGAGCGACAGUCGCAACGAGGCCUCAGUCCUCGAUGCCGGCUCACCAGCUGGGCUUGAGGACGGACUUGAGCAUGCCUCGCCGCUGCAUGACUGGGGAGACGAUAUUCCGGAAGAGCUUCCGGACUUCCCUGCCGUUGUCACGACACCUCCUUGCGAGAUCAAACGAACACAAUAUCCAAUGGCGCAUGCUGCAGGGCCGCAGGUGGCCGUCGAGAUUCCAGAGGAGGUCUGUGCGCACCACGAGGUGCGAGAGGUGUCACGCUGCAUGAAAUCCAGAUUGAAGAUCGAGGAGCCCCCCGAAGAGGUGGACUCUGACAUCGAUUCGCCUUUUACUCUCGGCAAACCCUGA